GCCUUUUUGAGAAUAUCUGAUAUAUUUACUGAUAAUUGAGGCUGCCCUUGCUGCAUAAUACUUUGAGAAUUUACAGCCACAUGACAAGGAAGUAAAAAAAAGUGAAUUUGUUUUGCUAGGAAGUGAAAAGAAUGUUAAAGACCAUCAUACUUUGAGCGAGUGACUCAGUGAAACCUCAAGAAAUGGCUGGUAAAGAUGGCCAAGACCCUUGCAUAAAUAAAAUUUCAUCUGCAAUCCGAGUCAUCCCUGACUUUCCUAAGCCAGUCAUGGCAAUGGUUAUUAUUGAAAGCAUCAUGAAGAAUUACCCUUGCAUCUCUACUGCUCAUCAGGUGGAGGUGUUGUUCGAAUUAAUUAAAGGGCUCAUCAAGGACUUGGAUGGAACUGUUGUGGAUGAGCUUGAAGAGGAGGAUUUUAACGAAGAACAAAAUUCUGUUGCUCGGCUCAUUCACAUGCUUUAUAAUGAUGACCCAGAGGAAUUGUUAAAGAUCAUAUGUACCGUGAAGAAGAGUAUAAUGAAUGGAGGACCAAGAUGCCUGCCUUUUACUGUUCCUCCUCUUAUAUUUUCUGCAUUCAGAUUGAUAAGGCAAUUACAAGGUCAAGAUGGGGAUAUAGCGGGAGAGGAAGUGCCUGCAACUCCAAAGAAAAAUUUUCAGAUAUUAAAUGAGGUAACUUUUGAACUGGUGUGGAAGACAAUGUCAAAUUUUACAUAUUGAUUCUUACAAGACUGAAACUUUUUAGACAUGUCCUUGUAGCAUACAAGACUGAAAUUUUACAUAUUGAUUCUUAAGAAGGACCUCCACUCAGGUGUGGAGGUCAUUCUUAAGAUUAAAACCUAUAUAAUGAGGGCUCGGUUUGUGGUGAUUAUACUACUAGAAUAAUGGAUUUUCCACAUAAUAGUCUCUUAUGUAGAAAAUAGGUGUGGAGGUUCUUAAGCCAUCUGGCCUAGGAAAAAAAAAAAAA